UCUUUGCUUACAAGAUAAACGGUGAUUACUGUAUUUCUGAAGAUCUGAAGAACUUCAUUAUUGUGAAAGAAGUUUCCAGUGAGGUUCAGCAAUAACUUGAAAGAUGGGAAGUGAAUACAAGAAAAUUGUUCUACUGAAGGGCCUAGAACCCCUGAAUCAGUACAACUUUCACAUAGUUAAGUCUAUAUUGGCACAUGAUUUGCAAUUGACAAAAAAAAUGCAAGAAGACUACGAUAGAAUUAAGAUUGCUGACUUGAUGGAAGAAAAAUAUGGAGGUGUUGCCAGUGUGGAUAAACUAAUAGAGAUAUUCAAAGACAUCAAAGAUCUCAACAAAGAUACUGUGAAAAAUCUUAAAGUGGCAAAGCUAAAAGCAAAGAGAAUCAAAAACAGGAAAGAAACUCCCGUGAAAAGGAACAAGCAGGAUAAGGCAAGUUUUGCAACACCCACGAGCACCACAGGGCAAGGCCAGAAAAGAAAAAUCACAGCCAAUGAGAAGUCUGUAACCAAGAAAAAGAAGGUUUCCCAGGAGCAGAGUCAGCCUCCUUGUCCUUCAGGAGCAAGCACAUCCGCAAGCAUGAAUUAUUGCCCACCUCCCCAAAUCUCGUCAUCAACUCCUUCCUCCACUUCCUUUACUGAGAACCAAGGAGAGCAGACCCAAUACCAAGCAGCUAACAAAAGAAGUGUUCUGCAAAAAGGUCCAAUAGUAGUCAAGGUCCUGAAAGCAACAGCACCAUUUAAAUAUGAGUCUCCACUAAAGGGUAAAAACCGGAUGUUUCAUGCUACUGUGGUUACAGAGAGUACGUUCUUCCAAGUGAAGGUUUUCAAUGUCAAUCUAAAGAAGAAGUUCACCCCAAAGAAAGUUCUUGUCAUAACAGAUUACAUGGAAUACAAAGGAUUAAUUGAAAUAAAUGAAAUGUCAUCCGUAUCUGAAGCUGAUCCAGAUCAAAAGCUUGAUGUCUCAAUCAGAAUUAUCAAAAGAGCGAAGGAAACUCCCAAGAUUGAUGAUCUUCAAAAACGAGCCUCAGGAACAUUUGUGUAUGGAUUUUUUACAUUACAUAAGAAAAAAGUUAAUGUAAAGAACACAAUCUAUGAAAUCCAGGAUGAUACAGGAAAGAUGGAUGUAGUGGGCAGUGGAAAGUGCCACAACCUGAAAUGUGAGGAAGGAGACAAACUUCGACUCUUCUGCUUUAAACUAAAAACAAUUGACCACAAGCUGAAACUGGCAAGUGAUAUUCACAGUUUAAUUAAGGUCACCAGGAACCAGAAGAAAAACAAAGAAUCACAGGGGGCAAAUGCAAAUCCACAAAUUGACUGACCAAAUUCCCUUCUCAAUCAACAAUAUGAUAUUCAUAGUAUUUUGUUUGAAAGUUCAUUCAAAUAAUAAAGCAGUGGGACUACAUUAUCUAUAAAGUUUUUAGAUAUAAAUUGUAAACAAGGUUGCUUUUGUUGAUAGUAUUUUUUUUUAUUUUCUACUAGUAUUACAGUUUGCAUUAACAUUGGUGAAUUUUUUUAAAAAUAAAAUUUUCUAUUUGAGAGAUUUCAUAUCCAAAAAUGCCCAAAGUCUCUUAAUCAAGUUAGUCACCAUGAAAAAUUGGAGCAAAGUUCCUAUGAUAGUUAGGUUUUGGGUCAAUUUGGCCUCACCAGAAUUCUCAGUGAUUUGAUAGUUCUUGAUUGUCCUUUAGGGUUGGUACAAGUAAAAAAAUGACUGUC